AUGCGGGCGGCAGAGUUUGGGAUCAGCUGGAUCCUGUGCAUAGCCAUGCAGACCCUGGCGUCCGCCAGUCAAGUCGAAAGAACAUUGGAGGACCAGGAGUCGCAGCUGGAGGAGGAGCAACUACGACUUGUACUGUUAAAGAUUGUGGUGUACAGUAUGCUUAAUUCACUGAUUAAUACUGUCUGUCAAUUACUUACAGAUCCAGUGGUUCUGUGGAAGUUCCCAGAGGACUUUGGAGACCAGGAAGUGCUGCAGACUGUGCCAAAGUUCUGCUUUCCUUUUGAUGUUGAAAGGGUUUCACAGGGCCAAGUGGGACAGCACUUUACCUUCGUGCUUACAGACAUCGAAAGUAAACAGAGGUUUGGUUUCUGUCGAUUAACAUCAGGAUGUAAGGUCUGCCUCUGUAUCCUCAGUUAUUUGCCUUGGUUUGAAGUGUACUACAAGCUUUUGAAUACCUUGGGUGAUCUUCUAAUGAAGGAACAGGAAAAUGACUUGAAUGAUGUUUUAAAAGCUCUGUACAAGCAUCCUCUACCAAAGCCAAACACUCCUGUUAAUCUUAGUCCGAACACGUACUUCAUUACCCCAGAUACAAGUGGACUGCCUACAAUACCUGAAAGUAGAAAUCUGACUGAAUAUUUUGUCGCAGUGGAUGUCAACAACAUGUUACAACUGUAUGCCAGUAUGCUGCACGAGCGACGCAUUAUUGUUACCUCCAGUAAGCUUAGCACUUUAACUGCUUGUGUUCAUGCCUCAGCUGCCAUGCUUUAUCCGAUGUUUUGGCAGCAUAUUUACAUCCCAGUGCUCCCUCCCCACCUGCUGGACUAUUGCUGUGCCCCAAUGCCCUAUGUGGUUGGAGUUCACUUGAGCUUAAUGGAUAAAGUGAAGAACAAAGCUCUGGAAGAUGUGAUUAUCCUCAAUGUAGAUACAAACACACUGGAAACACCAUUUGAUGACCUGCACAGCCUACCCAAUGAAGUCAUCUCAUCCCUGAAAAAUAAGCUGAAGAAACAGUCUACAGCUACAGGAGAUGGAGUAGCCAGGGCUUUUCUCAAGGCACAGGCGGCUCUGUUUGGCUCCUACAGGGAUUCACUUCGAUAUAAACCUGGAGAACCCAUCACAUUUUGUGAAGAGAGCUACAUUGCCCAUCGUUCCAACACGAUAAAACAUUUCCUUCAAAAUGCUGUUCAGCUUCAGCUCUUCAAACAGUUUAUUGAUGGUAGGUUGGAAAAGUUAAACACAGGAAGAGGAUUUUCAGAUCUUUUCGAAGAGGAGAUAACUGCUGGAGGCUACAGUGGAGGAAGUUCAAAAUCAUAUCAACAGUGGAUGCAAACAGUCAAGAAAGGAGGAGCCCUUAUAAAUACUGUGAUGACCAAAGCAAAUCCCGCCAUGAAAACAGUGUACAAAUUUGCUAAGAACCAUGCGAAGCUGGGAAUCAAAGAAGUGAAGAGCAUGUUAAAACAGAAGGAAACAAAUGAGGAAGAAGAUGACUCACUUUGCAGUGAUGGUCUAUCUCCGAAUUUGCAAAGGAGAUCAAACUCUGACCAGUUACAGAAUCGAUUCCCAGCCACAAAACGCAAAAACAAGGUUCGCCCUCAACAUUCGCAUGCUGGUAAUCAUGUAGAAGAUGACGAGACUGACAGAGCAAGCAAGGUAUCUUCAGAAGACAGUGGAGAAGUAUCUGCAUAUAUUGAUGAUAGUGAUGAUUCUGAACAGAUGGAUCUCGAGUCACAAUAUCCAGCCCAAAUGGAUCUACUCGGAGAAAUUUUAGAUACCCUCAGUACAACCAGCUCAGAACAAGGGAAGCUAUACGCUGCAAAGAGCCUAGAUUUCUUCAAAUCGAUGGAUGAUAUCAAUUAUAAAGCUGGGAACAAAUCCAAUACUCCCAGUGAGGGAAAUCUGGCAGAACUUGGUUUAAAGGAUGCAAGUCAUUUGGACUGGCACUUAGGACAAGAUGACACUGUGGUUCAUAGAAAGCCUCUUCCCCCAUCACCAAGAAAACCACCUUGUUUUGCUCAAAGUCCAGUCACACUUGAAAAGAAAGCUUGUAAAAAUUCCUGUGUUUUUGCUGAAGAUUUUACAGACAUUACAAAAACUCUUGUAGACUCAUCAUUGUCCUCAACUUCAACAGCAACAGUUGCUUGUGGUAUAGAAUCCAACAAGGAAGGGAAAAUAUCACCUAAAGUAAAGGAACAAAAACAAACACUAACCAGUGCAGACAGUACUUCUGAGCAACAAUGUCCGGAAGUAAAACCAAGAUACCCAUCAGUUCUGAUUCCUUGGGAGAAAGAAGAUUCUCUAAUCAAAUCAAAAGGUGACUCAAAUGAAAUAGAUCUACUGAAAGAAAUUGACUGUUUGUGUUCUAGUUUUGAAACAGGUCAACCCAUCUCCAGUGCUAGUUCUUCCACUGCCAACAGUGAAAGCAAAGUGUAGUGAAAGUGCACUAGCUGAAGUCGUUUUUCAUAAAUUUUAAGUGGAAUACAAAAGAUUGACUGUUCUACUGUAGGGAUGGAGUUACUAAAAUGUUUGAGUUUAAAAAUAAAAAGGUGAAACCGCACUGCUUUGCUGAUAAUAGACCAAUGCAAAUUGUCUUAACAAUUUAAACUGCUCGUGCCGCAGGGCAAAAAGUGAUUGCUAAUUCAGAUCAGCUAUAGCCAUUUGGAUUAAAUGUUUGACCGGAAAAUGUAUUAGCAUAGAAGUGCAGUAGUAUCAUCUAUGCAAUGUAUCAAAAACAUUGUUGGGGGACUGGGUUAGUACACUGGCUUUUUAUUUCUGAGACAUUAGUUUCAAUCCAGCCCACCUGGAUUAGAUCCAAGUUUCUUCCAUCCGUUGAGUGUAAAACUUCUACGUGAAAUGCUCUUGGGUUGCCUCAGCACAAUUCCUUGUCGUUGUUUGUGAGCUCCAAAAGUCUAAAUUGCGAAACAUUGGGCUCAAAAAGGCAAUCUCACUCUUAGAGGCCAAGGGAAAUGAAAACUCCAAAAGUACUGGAAGUGUUCUUUUUAGUUUGUGGUUUAUGGACAUUGUUGGGACACAGUGGAAAGAGCUUUGCUGUGCAUCCAACAAACCCAAUUUGGAUCUGUUUGAUGCUGACACUGAAGGUCUUAAAUAAUGGUAUUCAUUUCCCAGAACUUGCGUCCCUCAUCUUGAUGGUCACAGAAUUCACCAACAAAAGUUGCAAUGAAAGUUGUGUUCAAAUGCCAAAAGAAUAUGUGUUUUGAGAAAACAUUUUUGUAAUAUGUAUAUUGCAUUACCAUGGUAGGGUUGGUCACUAUUAAAUUAGGCUAACAAAGUAAAUCAGUAUGGUUCACACUGUUUCUUGCUAUUAGAUUAUAAUGCAUGCUCAUUACAUGCUUGUACAGUAAAGAAUGAAUGCAAGUUAGCUUGUGGAUUGUACCUGUUAGAAGCACUUGAAAUGGGGGUUAUAAAUGACUAUCAUUCAUUUCCUUAUUUCAAUCCGUCCUCUUCUUAUUCCUCUUUUCUCCUCAGCGCAAAAAAUAUCUGGAAACUGAAUCCUCUUAAUCAUUUGAACACAGAUGUAUAUGAUUCACAAAUAUUUAUAAAUAUAGAGAAAACUAAAGCCAAAUGAUCAAGAGCAUUCAGUUAUCAUAAGGUUGCUGCCUUAAAAAUAUAAACUCAAAGUCCUCCAAAAUCAUCAUAAGUUCUUCCUAAAGAAGAUAAUUAGUGCUAUUUAAUAAGAUAUUUAGUGCUUGGGCAUGAUUGCAAACCCAAAAAUGCUUGAAAUCAAAUCAUUAAGCAAUAAGUAUCAGAAAUGGAGAUGUAAACUGGUUCCUAAAGGAGAAAGGACAUUUCUUAUGGAGAUAAUGCAUUUUAUUUAAUCAACAAUCUGUUGGAACCAGUGAUGAUUUAAUAAAUCCAUGUCUUCCAAAAUAAAUUGAACAAUUUUUUCCUCCAAAGCCAUUAAAGAUGGUUCAUGUGAACCUUUUUUUGCGCAACACUUUGGUCAUUGAAGCAAUUUUGAAACUUGACCAACUUUAUCAUUGUCCUCACAUAGGAAUUCCGGGCUACAGUCAAUGUCUUAUAUACUCUUGGUUGAUGUAAAUGUUUUGUAUUGAACAAAUGUUCAACAUGCUGUAACUGUUAUUUGUGAACGGUUGUGUUUAGAAUAUAGCUAACAUGCCUUUUGUGUCAUGUAAAUAACAAUUAACACUGGGAUGGAUAUAAGGGAUUAAAAACCACAUGCUUUUGGUACUCCUAUUUGAAUAUGGUACCUUAAUGUAUGUAAAGAAGAGGAUAAAUGAAUUUUAGAACCGAUAACAUCUUUACAAGCCAGAUAGUUCCAGUAACCAGUGCUACACUAAAUUUAGUAUUUUUUAUAUUCAGAUAACAUCGCGAUAAUUUAAUGAUAGUUUUUUUUUUAAAAAGUCUUGCACUCUUUUUGUGGUACUGAGGCAUGCAGUAUAUUUUUGAUCUUCAUCUACCCUGAUUUUUUUUCUGCUGUUAACUUAAUUGGUUAUUAAUGAACUCCAUUAUAUAUAUAUAUAUAUAAUGUGAAGCAAAUGUUUCUAAUUGGUUUUGAACUUUAACAUACCUGAUAUUGCUGGGCUGUGAAGGCUGGAACAUGUGCCUUAAAGGAAACAAAGUUAUGUUGGUACUGAUUUUUAUUUUCGUAACUGGAACACGACACAGUACGUGUAAUGUAUGUAAAUAGGUGACAUGCACUGUCAUUGUUAGACUGUACUAUAUAUCAAAACAUAAAAUAGCACAGGAAUUUUAUUUGAUAUGCUAAUUAAUCACUUCCCAAAAAUUCUGAUUGAUCUAAGUGGUUCUUUUAAUAAUGAAUGAUUAAAUCAGGCUAGCUGAUUAUUCUACCUUUUGUUCAAGUACCAGAAUUUUUGUCUUUGGUUCAGAGAUUCUAAAAACAAAAUUGAAACGCAGCCUUGGAUGGUACCCAGAGUGGAUAUUAUCAUCUUUCAAAUGAUCUGUGCAAUAUGAAUUUCAAUUUACAAUUUAAUUGUUUCCAGGUUUUGCUGUUAAGCUUUUGCACCUUGUUUUUCUAAAAACCUUAAACCUCAUUUGUAUUAGAAUAGUUUAGAAUAAGUUAAGCUCCAGCAAUGAAACUUGCGGCAUUUUGACUACCAGUGAAAGCAAUGAAGUGAAGAGAUCAUUCUUUGUGCGAUUAUGAAUAACGAUUCAUGUAAAAUAGUAGUAAUCUAUGAAUAUUAGUGUUUUCCAGUGUUGCCAUAAUGCAUAUUUUAUUUAAUCCAUCAUAAAUUCACCAUAUUCUUGCAACUGCUUUCAAAUGUAGUUGAUGUUACUUGCAUACCAGAAGGUGGAUUUUGUAGGUUCAUGAAUGCAUUGUGUUGGUAGUCUCUAUCUUAAGCUAAGAGUGUUCCAUUUAAAGUGUUUUUAAAAAUAUGUUGCCCAUUCUUGUUCCAUUACUAUUUCUAUUAUGGUCCAUUAUUUUAAAUGAAUCAUUCACUUGUGGGUAAAAAUUCUGCUCAGUGAUUCACGCAUUCCACUUUUAUCGAUAUGCGACUAAUAGGAAACUCCCAUUGAAGGCUGACAUCAAUCCGAAGGCUAUGCACAAGACUGUGAAUGGAAUUUUUACUCCAAGUCUACACUCAGAAUCAUCACUUUGCAGAAUUUUUUUUUUACAAGUGUUUACCUAAUUGUUUAAACAUGUUUUUAAUAUUCAAUCAUUCAUUGAAUAAUAGAAUCUAUGAAGUUGUCAUCUUAUUUGUUUUCCUUUAUGCUGUCCUGAACUGUCCUAAUUUUGUAAACAACAGUGUACUAAAUGCCUCGCCUCUUAAUGUAGUAUCCCAAUGAAAUCACAUUUUUACAACAAAAACGCUUCAGGAUUUCUAACAAUAAAAUGUUUUAAAUAUUAUUUGGCCUUUGAAGCUGAACAUUAAAUUGUCCUUAAUGAUCCAAAUCUCUAUAAAGCCCUCUGCCAAUUUUUAUUUCCAGUAUUUUCUGUGGAAGCUCUGUAGUAGAGACCUUUCAUCUUUAUGAAAGUUAACACAAUACAAUUUUACGUGAUGCCUUAUUCUGAUUAUUCUACUCCAUUCAAAUAUUACACCAACAUCUGGAUUGCAGAGGCCUGACUUUAAUUGACCAUGGAAAUUCGCUGAGAUGACUGUGUUUUCAUACAUCGCUAACCAGAUUUUGGCAUUUCUGACUGUUCAAAUUUUAAAUGGAGCUUUUGGUAUGGUUGUGUGAAUAUCCCCAAUAUUCAGAAGAUCUGAAUUUGACAUGAAAUAAGUGAGCAUUUUGCCACAGCGAAUAUAGGCUGUUAAUCAAAUUUGGAUUAUUGAUCUUUUUGGUUAAUGUAUUCUUAUUGAGGGUUGUCCAAGCUGCUGUAUAAUACGACGAGAAACUGUACAACAUUGACUGAAGAAAAUAUUCUUCAGACUUUGCAGAGCUGUGCUUUGCCUUUGCCAAACAAUAAAAUUUCAAUUUUAUGUUG